AACAGGUUGUAAGUUGUUAAAAGGAGUGCAUAUUUUUGUUGAAAAACACAAUUUUUAACUAAUUUAAACAGUUUUAAUUUUGUUUGAUCGGUGUAAAAAGUUACAUAAAUGUGUACGAAUUAUUGUAAACAGAAUACAGGUCAAGAUGAAAAAGAUAUGGUGUAUUUUAUGCAUUUGUGCAUGUCUCGGUUUUGUAUUUAAUGAUGAAAUAGAACAGAAAAUUGAUGGACUGAACACAGAACUAGCAAAGGAGUCUGACGAAAGGCUGUUGGUCUAUGCCACUUUAGAUGGUACCUUUGCGGCUUUAGAUAAACAAACAGGAAAAGUAUUAUGGAAAAUCAAGGACAAACCCAUAGUCCAAGUUCCAUUAGACACAUCAGAAGCUCUUGUACCGAUUUUUUUACCAGACCCCAGAGAUGGGUCCUUGUAUUUAAUGGGUAGUAGUAAAAAACCACUGAAAAAACUACCGUUUAAUAUACCCCAGUUAGUGCAUUCGUCACCAUGUAGGAGCUCUGAUGGCAUAUUAUAUACUGGAAAAAAGAAAGAUAUUUGGUACAAAUUAGACCCCAAAACUGGCAACAAGGAACAGAUUAUAGGAUGGGGUGAUAAUAGCCCCACAUGUCCAGUCGAAGUCAACAAUUUCGUGUAUAUAGGGCGUACCAAAUACACCAUAAUGAUGGUAGAUACAAAUACCCAUAAUAAAAAAUGGAAUGUAACAUUUUACGACUAUACAGCUGCCGAUAUGGGUAGCGAGGAACUGAAUAUUUAUGAUUUGGUACAUUUUGCUUCUACAUCAAGUGGUAAAAUACUAACGCUGGAUAGAAGAAGAGGUUCACUACUUUGGGAGGGUGAUCUUGGCAGUCCUGUUAUAGCCAUUUAUUUGUUAUCUUUGGAUGGGUUGAUUAAAGUACCAUUUACCAGCUUGUCAAAUCAUACCAUUCAUUAUUUGGCUAGUGAAAUUGAUUUUCAUAAUGGGCUGGUUGAUAAUCCCAAUCAUAUGAAACUAUAUCCAACUUUAUAUGUUGGAGAACACCAUCAUGGCCUCUACGCCAUUCCAUCCUUAGUAGAUCAAAACGUGGUCACUAUCACAGCCUCAGACGACGGGCCCCUUCUUCUAGGAGGCCCCCAUGCUCCAGAUCCCCCGCGUUUGUACCCCGAGUACCCCCUACCGGGCCACAACUACAAACUACCCAAGGAAGCCCAAGAAGGCAACUUUCAGAGCCUCUCCAACUUUGAAAAUCACAUCGUCAUCUAUACUGGUCACUAUAACGUGCCUAACUAUUCCCAGUCUGAUUUUUUGGGGCCAAAUAGGCCAGUAUCUGAGAUUAAGUUACUCACGGAUGCUAGUAAAGAGUUUUUUGACAAGUCCUUGAAGAGUAAUGUUGGUACUCAGACAGAGGAUGACAAGGAGACUGCCAGUGAACGUCAGAAAGUUAAAGAGGGGUAUUUUAGAGGUUAUUAUUUGGAUUUGAGGCACUGGAUCAAUCAUCAGGAGAACAAAGGAUUGAAGUUGAGCUUGAUUAUAAUGACUGGGAUGGUGUUUGGUAUGUUUUGGUAUCUUUUGAUGCAGGUUAGGGAAGUUCAGAACCUGUCCCAAAAUGGUUCCAGAGGCAGCCAACAGAGUUCAGUUGGUCGUAACGGAAACAUUACUGCUUUUUCAGAAGAAUUACCAGGUGGAUUGGUCAAAGUAGGCAAGAUUACCUUCCAUCCAGAACAGUUAUUAGGCAAAGGGUGCGAAGGAACAUUUGUUUACAGGGGUGAAUUUGAUAAUAGAAGGGUGGCAGUAAAACGACUCCUUCCCGAGUGUUUUACCUUCGCAGAUCGCGAGGUGGCGCUACUAAGGGAAAGUGACGCUCAUCCGCACGUCAUAAGGUACUACUGCAUGGAACAAGAUAGGAUGUUCCGAUAUAUCGCUUUGGAACUGUGCCAAGCAACAUUGUCUGAGUAUAUGCAAGGAGAUUGCGAUACUACGACUAUCAAGCCUUUAGAGAUAUUGGAGCAAGCUACUAUGGGAUUGGCACAUCUACAUUCAUUAGAUAUAGUUCAUCGAGAUAUAAAACCUCACAACGUUCUAAUAUCCGUUCCUAACUACAAAGGCGAAGUAAAAGCCAUGAUCUCCGAUUUCGGUUUAUGCAAAAAACUCCAAGUUGGAAGAGACUCAUUUUCACGUAGAUCUGGAGUCACCGGAACAGACGGCUGGAUUGCUCCAGAAAUGCUCACAGGAACGGGCAGAACAACUGCAUCUGUAGACUUAUUUUCGAUGGGUUGUCUAUAUUACUACGUCCUCUCCAAUGGUUCUCAUCCUUUUGGUGACGUUUUGAGACGUCAAGCCAAUAUUCUUAAUGGUACUUAUGAUUUGACUCGUCUGCGUGGUCAAGAUUGGGAGACUGAGUUGCAGAAAACCCUUUUGGAGGCGUUACUGUCUUCUGACCCUGAUGAAAGACCGACUUGUGAUGCGGUUUUGUCCCAUCCUAUUUUUUGGAAGAGCCAAAAGAUACUGUCAUUUUUUCAGGAUGUCAGUGACAGGGUUGAAAAAGCUGAACCUGAUGAUGAUGUGCUUUUGGAAUUGGAGGAUAAUGCUUCUCCAGUAGUUAAAUUGGAUUGGAGGGUGCAUAUUCACGAAGAGGUAGCCAAAGAUUUGAGAAAAUACAGAACAUAUAAGGGAACCAGUGUUAGAGACCUUUUGAGAGCUUUAAGAAAUAAGAAACAUCAUUUUCGAGAACUGACCAAAGAAGCUCAACAAUCGCUUGGGGAAACCCAGGAAGCUUUCGCUCAUUACUGGACCAGCAGAUUUCCUCUUCUUCUCGUCCACGCUUAUCUCACCAUGCAGUGCGUUUCUCACGAGAAUACAUUUCACAAUUACUAUCCCAAAUCCUACAAAUACUCUGUCUCGAAUUUCAAGAGACAAGCCUUAAUCUAUCUGGAUCAAAAUCCAGUAAUUUUACCUGAUGACGCGAAUUUAGAUCAUUUUGAAAGAAAGAAGGAGUUUUAUAGUGAGAAUAACGAAAACUAUCGAAGUUACAGUGCGAGAAAUAGUCCAAGGAAGAGGUAUAGUCCAGCUCAAGAAGCUAGCGGGGGACUCUAUAGAAAUUUAAACCAAAAACCGGUAGAUGUAAGUGAGGUUAAUAUUAGUUUUAAGGAAAACACUGAUAAGAGGUUUUACCCAAUGAGAAGGUCGAAUAAGAAGAAAAAGAAGGUGGAUGAGCCGUUGGUUUGGGCUAUAAAAGAUGACAAAUAAUGUCUGGAUUGUUUUUUAUACUGGUGGUAGAUCUCUGUAAGUAAAAGACUAAUUUCAAUAAUUUACCAAAAUAUUAAUAAAAGUCCAAAAUUAUUAGUAAGUUUGGAGAUUUGAAAAUGACUAAUCAUAUAUUGUGAGAAAAUGAAAUGAUUAAAAUAAAUUUAGUUUGAAGGGUCAAAGAAAAGAGACUAUAACAAAUUUUUCUCUUCGAGGUGGAAUAUCAAUAUACAGGGUGGUCCGAACUGUAUUCCGGAAAUUUCGGCAGCAUAUUCUGCAGAUAAAAUUAAGUAAA